ACAACAGGCAAUGCUGAAGUGGAGAAAUUGAGGCACAAAAUCAGAUCUCAAAUCUUUCUUGCUCCCUGAUCCUCGGAAUCAUUUUCUCCGGGGGUUCGCAAGAAUGCUCUCCUCUCCUCACCCCAUUCUUCUCAAUCCUCUCAGGAGGCUUCAGGAUGAAUCUGGAAGGAGUGGCUGCCAGAGGAGGAGCAGCUGGAACUGAGUCAUGGCAGGAAGCUGAGGAGGGCGGGAGCUAUCCCCAGAUAGCCAUAUAAAAAGAAGGAACUGGCCCUGCCGUUCACAGCAGCAGUAACAGCCAGAGAAGUAGGCUCCCAGCAGCCCGGCCCUUCAGAUCCAGACCUGCCAGAGAGGACUCACCUGGGUGGCCGCCGACCAGUCCUUGCCCCAGGAUGGGGACUGUGUCCGCAGCGGUCUUGCUCUGGGCCUGCUUGGCUGUUGUUGCCAUAGCCUCUGAAGGAGGCUUCAGGGGUCUAGAACAGAGGGAGUUGGGGCCACAGCACCUCACAUACCACCUUCAAGAAGUUGGCUCUGCAGCACCACCUUCCCCACCGCAGGCCCGAGCCCUCCCCAUGGAUUACCCUGACACCUCUCAGCAUGGACCUCACAUUGAGGGACAGAGUGAAGUGCAGCCACCUCCCUCCCAGGAAGCCGCCCCUGCCCGUGAGGAGGAGCUGCCUCCUCCUCAGCUCCCCGCGGAAGAGGAAGUGCAGCCUCCUCUCCCUAGGGAGGCCAUCCCUUUCCAGGAAGAGAUGCCCCCUCACCAGCCCCCUGUUGAACAGAAGGAAGGGGGCUGGGGCUACCGGCUGGAUGGCUUCCCCCCAGGGCGGCCUUCUCCUGACAAUCUGGACCAGAUCUGCCUUCCUAAUCGUCAGCAUGUGGUGUAUGGCCCUUGGAACUUGCCGCAGUCUGGAUUCUCCCACCUUACUCGCCAGGGUGAGACCCUCAAUUUGCUGGAGACUGGAUAUUCCCGCUGCUGCCGUUGUCAAAACUACAUAAACCGCUUGGACUGUGCAAAACUUGUGUGGAAGGAUGCAAUGACCCGGUUCUGUGAGGCCGAGUUCUCGAUCAAGACUCGAGCCCACUGGUGCUGCAAACGGCAGGGGGAGGCUCGAAUGUCCUGCUUCCAGGAGGCAGCUCCCUGGCCGCAUUACCAGCUCCGGGCCUGCCUCAGCCACCAGCCUGGUAUUUCCUCUGGCCCCGAGCUGCCUUUUCCCCCUGGGGUACCCACACUGGACAAUGUCAAGAACAUCUGCCACCUAAGACGCUUCCGCUCAGUGCCACGCAACCUCCCAGCUACUGACCCCAUCCAAAGGCAGCUGCAGGCACUGACCCAGCUGGAGGGGGAGUUUCAGCACUGCUGCCAGCAGGGGAACAACCACACCUGUAUAUGGAAGGCUUGGGAGGAUACCCUUGAUGGAUACUGUGAUCAGGAGCAGGCUAUAAAGACCCACCACCACUUGUGUUGCCACUACCCUCCUAGCCCUGCACGUGAUGAGUGCUUUGCCCAUCGGGCCCCCUACCCAAAUUAUGACAGGGACAUCUUGACCGUUGACCUCAGCCGAGUCACCCCCAACCUCAUGGGCUAUCUCUGUGGAAAUGGAAGAGUUCUCACCAAGCAUAAACAGAUUCCUGGGCUGAUCCGGAAUAUGACUGCCCACUGCUGUGACCUACCAUUUCCAGAGCAGGCCUGCUGUGCUGAGGAGGAGAAAUCAGCCUUCAUCAAUGACCUGUGUGGUCCUCGACGUAACUUCUGGCAAGAUUCUGCCCUCUGCUGUAACCUGAGUCCUGGAGAUGAACAGACCAACUGCUUCAACACUAAUUAUCUGAGGAAUGUGGCUCUAGUGGCUGGAGACACUGGGGGUGCUAAGGGCCAGGGGGAGCAGAGCCCAACUCAGGGAACAAAUAUCAGCCCCACGCCCAAAUCCAAGGAAGAGUGAGUCACCCCAGAGCCUUGGAGGAUCAGAUUGGGGGAACUCCACCCCACCCCACCCUCCUUGAACACUCAUAGUAAACACCUCUUGGAUUUGGCAUCUUUGUUGUCUGUAACAUCUCAUGUACAAAUACACCCUCCUCCUAAG